GCUUCCUAGCAUUUUCCCUUUUAUUACAAGUAUAUAUAACACACCUCCAACUUGGAUUCAAAGCCGAGAUGUGGGCAUGUCUCCUCUCUUUCUAAAAGCUUAGAACUAAAUCAACUCAAUCUCUCUUUCAUUUUUCUAGAUCUCCCUUCCUUUGUCCGAAACAUGUUCAAACUAGGACUAAAAUCACCUCCACCAUCAUCCUCACCACACCACCUCCUCCCCAUCCUACUCCUCUCUAUAAUCAUAAUCAAUUCCACCGCCACAGCCACCGCCAAUGGUAAAGGAUUCAAAGAAGCCCCACAAUUCUACAACUCUCCAUCAUGUCCUUCAAUCUCUACACAAGACAUGUGCUCACAACAAGCAGUGCAUGUGGCCAUGACUCUUGACUUUCCUUAUCUCCGCGGCACUAUGGCAGCUAUUUUUUCCAUCCUCCAACACUCUUCCUGCCCGGAAAACAUUCGUUUCCACUUCAUUUCCUCCCCCUCCUCUACCCACCUCCAUGAAACCAUUACCUCCUCCUUCCCUUACCUCCGUUCCCAAAUCUACUCUUUCGAUACCAACCCCGUCUCCGGCCUCAUCUCCACCUCCAUCCGCUCGGCCCUUGACUCUCCUCUUAACUAUGCUCGCAAUUAUCUAGCCAACAUCCUCCCUCCUUGCGUCCCAAAAGUCGUCUACUUGGACUCCGAUUUAGUCCUAGUAGACGACAUUGCAUCACUAGCAGCUACACCUCUCGGUACCGGAACAGUGUUAGCAGCACCAGAAUAUUGUAAUGCUAACUUUACCACAUACUUUACGCCCACAUUCUGGGCAAACCCUAUGCUUUCCUUAACAUUUUCCGGACGCAAUGCCUGUUAUUUUAACACAGGAGUGAUGGUCAUUGAUUUAGAGAGAUGGAGAGAAGGAGAUUACACAACAAAAAUAGUUGAAUGGAUGGAGCUUCAAAAGAGGAUGAGGAUUUACGAGCUGGGUUCGUUGCCUCCGUUCUUGUUAGUUUUUGCAGGGAAUAUUGCUGCCGUGGAUCAUAAAUGGAAUCAACAUGGUCUUGGUGGGGAUAAUUUCAGAGGUCUUUGUAGGAAUUUGCAUCCUGGUCCGGUUAGUCUUUUGCAUUGGAGUGGUAAAGGGAAGCCUUGGGUUCGCUUAGAUGCCAACAGGCCAUGCCCUUUAGAUGCAUUAUGGGCUCCUUACGAUCUCUUGCGGACACCGUUUGCUCUUGAAUCUUAGAUUUCAGCAAUUUGUAUAAAUUUUCCAAUAAUAAAGACAGAUGGGAAACAGGGAAGAUGUUCAUAGGUUAUACGCCCAUCAACAGACCUUACAGUAAUUUCAUCUUUUUUUCUUUCUAUUUUUGGGUUUUGCUUUGUACCGGAGUACAUAGUAGGAGCUCGUAAGUAGUACUGUGAAGAGGGAAUUACAGAAAAGAUAGAUCAGAGUUCCUUUUUAUAUAUUUUUGUGCUGUUCAUUGCUGUGA